AUGGGAAGUGACAUGAUGUGUAGCACCCGAGUCCAUGUACCAAUCAAGGUCAUGAAGUCCCUGAGAAGAUGCUUCAGCAAUGUUAGCCUGAACACCAGAAAAAUAAUUGAAUUGACAAAACGGAGCAGUAUGGCCGGGCCGGUUGCAAUUUUGGCAUACUACAGAUGUAGCAACUGGGUUGGAGGCAGAUGCUGGGCUGCCCGAGCCGGGCUGGGAGGAGAAACCGGGCUGGAUAGUCCGCGUGUCUCGGGCCGGGUUGAUGUUAUAACCCGAACCGUUCCGGCCAAAACUCCCCUGCCCUCCCCGAUAGUUUCCUGCAAAAUUAGGGUUAGGGUUCGACAGAGGACGUCCCUGUCCUCCUUGCCCUCUCGUGCAGCCGUGACCGCCAUAGCUGGAGCUCCGGGGGUUACCGCCAAGCCCGUGACCACCUGGACUUCGGCCGAAAGUGGUCCAAGGAUUCCGGAGAGAGGAGCUGGAGUCAGCUGCUGCGAUUGCUCGCGGGUAGCAGCGUACAACCGCCGUUCUUCAUGCCCCAUGAGCAGUGAGGUCACGCCACUGUUGCUCCAGAAGGUCUUCUUGGGCGGCCGUCUGACUGAGAAAUGCGGUCUCCAAAGAGUGCCAGGCCUCAUGAGAAGUCUUGGCAGAAAGGAUGGUGAAGCCGAUUUCUUCGGUCACCGCUAGCAUGAUGCAGGGCCUGCACAAAGCUUGGCAGUUCGAGAAUCUUCCAAUGCAGAAUUUGCCGUGAAGAGCCUUCGUCCUGGUGGUCUUGAUCAUGAGCCUAGCUCGAGAUUUUCGGGGGGAAAAAAAGACCAAUCAUGCCAGGAAGAUUCCUCGGUAUGCACAUUGACCAGAAGGUCAAGUACAAGCUCAGCUCCUGGAAGUGUUCAUGCCAACCUUUUCGUCGUACUCAAUGGGGCAGCCAUACUCUGUCGAUACAAGAAGCUACGAUAUGAGAUCGUUUUUAACCUACUAUUCAGUUGUCGCCAUCUUUUUUAUUUUGAAUUCAACACUGCCGGAAGCACUUCGAUACCUAAAAAGGUAUGGAUAAAGAGAACCUUUAAAAAUGUUUCAAGUGGAAUAUUUGGUUGCUUGUAUCUGCUCAAAGGCAGAGGGAAAGGCCGCUCUGUAUGUUCAUCCACUGAACACUAGGAUUUUUGGCCCGUGCGUUGCAUUGAACAUUCAUUACAAAUAUAAUUAAACUUAUCUAA